CUUAGGUCGUGGCUCUGCUAUAAAGCCUCCACCAGCAUGAUCGCGACGCCUAGGGUGGCUUCAUUGGUGAUUGACCCUAGGCUGGGCAGCGUCUUUCCCCUCAAGCACCAUGCAGCUCCUUCUUGCUCUGCUGGCGCUGGCAUACGUGGCCCCCUCUACUGAAGGUAUCCUCGGGUGACCCUCUGCGCCCCCAGGACCCGGUACCCUUGCUAGCGCGCUCCGGCUGCGCGUUGUUCGUGCAGGGAACCGUGAGGCUGCAGCGGACCUGGUUGUGUGAGCGGGGGCGCCUACACGUGUCCGCGGGAGGCUGCGGGAGAGGGGGAUGUGUGCUCGCAUGUGUGUGGCCGCGGGGUGUCCGCGUGUUGGACGCUCGUGUGAUCUGUGGUGAGGAUGCUUCUCUGACCCGCCUGGAUCCACGGUCCUUUUCGCACCUUGGUUCUCCUGGGUUUGCCCGUGGGUGGCGAGUGGCCGACUGUCCUGCAGAGACUCUGAACCGACUCAGGCUGGUGCUAUGAGAUUCAAACCAAGGAUCCUAGAAGCAGUUGCUUGGGGCCUGAGAAGUGGCCUGGAGCCUGUAAGGAGAAUCAGCAGUCCCCCAUCAACAUUGUCACUGCUAGGACAAAGGUGAACCCCAGACUGACACCCUUCAUCCUCGUCGGCUAUGACCAAAAGCAACAGUGGCCAAUUAAGAACAAUCAACACACAGUGGAGAUGACGCUGGGGGGAGGUGCGUGCAUUAUCGGAGGAGACCUGCCCGCCCGGUACGAGGCUGUACAGUUGCACCUGCACUGGUCAAAUGGGAAUGACAACGGUUCAGAGCACAGUAUUGAUGGGAGACACUUUGCCAUGGAGAUGCACAUCGUGCACAAGAAGUUGACAUCUAGCAAGGAGGACUCGAAGGACAAGUUUGCAGUGCUGGCAUUUAUGAUUGAGGUAGGAGACAAGGUGAACAAGGGCUUCCAGCCCCUGGUGGAAGCACUGCCCAGUAUCUCCAAACCCCAUUCAACCUCUACAGUGAGGGAGAGCAGUUUGCAGGACAUGCUUCCCCCGAGCACCAAAAUGUAUACCUACUUCCGUUACAAUGGCUCACUAACCACACCAAACUGUGAUGAGACUGUCAUCUGGACUGUGUACAAACAACCCAUCAAGAUCCACAAAAACCAGUUCCUGGAAUUCUCAAAAAAUCUGUACUAUGACGAAGAUCAGAAGUUGAACAUGAAGGACAAUGUGAGGCCCCUGCAGCCGCUGGGAAAACGCCAGGUGUUCAAGUCCCAUGCCCCAGGACAGCUGCUGUCUUUGCCCCUGCCCACUCUGUUGGUCCCCACACUCACCUGCCUGGUAGCCAACUUCCUCCAGUAAUGGCCCACUUCUGGAUAUCUGACCUCUGACCUCAGCCUUUAGAGGACAUGGCUUAUCUUUCUUAAUCUUUCCAGGUUGAACUUUGGGGACUAUUAAAAUAUGAGGAACUGGCUGUGGUGUGCACACCUUUAAUCCCAGCCUUGGGGGUGGAGGGAGGGUGACAGGGACAUGUGGAUCUCUGACCUCCUCCCCAGCCCCCCAAUUAAAUGAAAUAAAAUAUGGAUAUGUUUUUAGAAAAA